ACUCCCCUGUUCCUUCAAUUCCUAUGUCAUCCUGGGCUCCUACGUGGUGCAGUCGGACGCUGGUGAUUUCGAUCCUGAUCGUCAUCAGGGCAUUGCCUACAUCCGCGAUCAUCCCUUCGCUCCAAGCCACCUCCAGAGCAAUGAAAUGCUCUACCGCAUUGUUGAGACCCACCGUCUUCACCAGUAUGUCCCUCAUUGGCAUUCUUUUUCUCAUCGCUCUUUGUUUACUUACCAUCUGCUCUGAUAAUCUCUGCCUCCAAUCAAAUAUGCAUUGCUCGGCUUAUUAUGAAUUUAAUAUCCUAUUAUUGGGAUAUUAG